AGCUGGUAAACGCUUAUAUUUCCUGCUUUGUGCUUUUUGCCUUUAUUGUGCCUGUUUGGCUGAGUUUAGUCCUUGACUUCCUCGAAGUUGACAGGAAGUCCAGCCAUGUUUUUCCUGUGCCUGGCUGUUCUGAUAUCGGCGGUGAGUCCGUCUCCCGCCAACCUGAAUGCUUCUGUCUCAGAAGAGGGCUGGCUGACCACACUCGGCUUCCCUGUGAUCUGGAACAUGCCCACCAGACGCUGCCAGCAUCGCUACGGGGUCUCCCUGCCCCUGGAGCGGUAUGGCAUCACGCACAACCCCAAAGAACAUUUCUGGGGCACGGAGGUCAGUCUGUUCUACCAGCAGCGUCUGGGCCUUUACCCCUACCUCACGCGCACGGGCGCACCGGUGAACGGGGGCAUCCCUCAGCUCGCUGACCUCAAGGGUCACCUCUUGCUGGCCGGAGAGCAGCUGGACGAGGCCCUCGAGGCGGACUUCAACGGGCUGGCCGUGCUGGACUGGGAGGCCUGGCAGCCCCUGUGGACCUGGGACUUUGGCGCCAAAGCGGCCUAUCGGAACCUCUCCGAGCGCCUGGUCCGGCGGAGCCACCCGGAGCUGCUGCCGCAGGAGGUCCGGUCGCUGGCCAAGAGGAAGUUCGAGGAGGCCGGACGGGCCUUCAUGCUGGAGACGCUGCGGCUCGGCACGGACCUGCGCCCUGCGGCAUUCUGGGGGUUUUACGGCUUCCCGCCGUGCUACAACACUAACUUGGGAGCGCAGGGUGGCUACACGGGGCAGUGCCACAAAGGCACCUCUGAGCUGAACGACCGGCUGGCAUGGCUGUGGCGGGAGAGCGGUGCCCUCUACCCCAGCGUGUAUGUGCCACUGAAGCUGGCACAGCGUGGGCACAGCCAGCUCAUGGUGCGCCACCGCAUCCUCGAGGCCCUCAGAGUCGCAACCCAGCAUGCAACAUAUCUGUCACCCACUGCUGUAAUGCCUUAUGCAAGAGUUGCCUUCACACACACAUUGCACUUCCUGAAUAAGACAUAUUUGGAGAACGUUCUGGGAGAGAGUGCUGCCUUGGGAGUGGAUGGGAUGGUGCUCUGGGGUGAGCUUCGCUUUGCAAAGUCAAAACAUCAGUGUCUGCAGCUGAGGCACUACAUUGAGAGCGUUCUGGGUGAGUAUGUGGUCCAGUUGCGGCGUGGGGUUCAGCGCUGUGGCCAGGUUGUGUGUCGGGGUCACGGACGCUGUGCCCGACGACAGCCCCACUCUGGCCACAUGAUCCCCCUCGGCGACGAGAAGCCCGACCCCGCCCUGCUGCGGCAGGCAUUCCGGUGUGUGUGUCGGCCUGGGUGGAGCGGCCAGUCCUGUGAGAAGAAGGACAAGCCCGUCACAGACUAGAGUGUGUUUAUAAAAACAGAACAGCCUCGGAGGUGUGUGUGUAGGACUCAAGUGCAUCCGAAGGGAGUGUUAAACACUCUACCAUCAUUACUAACAUUACUAACAUCUAUCUCUUCCUCUUUUCAUUCAACUUGGUAGUAUUCGCUUUGGACAAAGGCGUCUGCUAAGUAACAUCAUCAUAACCGUAAUCGUAUUCAGUACAGUAUUAGUAGAGAUCAUUGUUAUAGAGAUUGUUCCAGAACAUUUACAGAUUAAAUAGUUGAAGGUAUUAUGGCCAAAUUUGCCCAAUUUUAUGAGAGGCCAUUCAGGCCUGAAAUCAGUUGGUGUGGUAACACAGGCUUUACGUUGAUGUAGUAAGUACUUGCCUCAAAAUGUAGAAAUGGUUGUCAUAUAGGGAACUGGGGGAGAUGAUAACAGUCUGUGAAGAAACAUACUGUAUGAAGAGGAUGUGGACACAGUGUUCCCUUGUGUUCACGCUGAUAUUACUUUAACAUUAAUGCUGCAUUUCUGAAGGCACAGUUUUCCUAGUAUCAAUGCUCUAUCUAUAUAUAUCGCUGCUCAUAGUAUAAUGUCUUUUAAAUCCAUUUAUUUACGUUUUAGGUGACACAGAAAGUGUAAACAAAUGUGAUCAAUAGCUUGAAACAGACAGACAAGAGGCAUGAAGCACAAAGUAAUAUGGAAAGACAUGGACUUUACUUGCCGCCACUGUUACUGCAUGUCAUUCCUGACUAUACAACCUACAUUCUAUACCAAUCAUUCUCAUGAGAUGGUAAAUGCUUGCAUUUGUACUAACAUAGUUUUUUCAUUGUUUUCUAACAACCCAAACUAAAGACCUCAAACAAUGAAGGCAAGUUGUGAUAAAGUGACAUCGCUAAAUGGUCGAACGUGUCAUGAAUAAAAUGAAAAGAUGUAUACUUUGCUAAGUAAA